AUGUCCGAGUUCAUCGGCAGCCGCAUCAGCCUCAUCUCGAAAUCCGACAUCAAAUACAUCGGCACGCUCCACGAGAUCAACAGCGAAAACCACACCGUCGCCCUCGAAUCUGUCACAUCCCACGGCACCGAGGGAAGAAAGGGCACUCCUGCAGAAGAGAUCCCGGGCAGCGACCAGGUCUACGAGUACAUUGUCUUUCGCGGCAGCGAUGUCAAGGAAUUGACCAUUGUUGCGCCGCCGGGCGAGAAAGAGAAGCAGCCUACUCCGCCACAGGUGCCGAAUGAUCCUGCUAUCCUUGGUUCUGCUCGACCUCAUCCACAACAACAGCAACAACCACCUCCACAACACCAGCAAGAACAACAACAGCCGCCGCCAAACCAGAACCAGAACCAAUUCCGCGGCGGUCCUCCACCUUUUGGCCAACAGCCUCCUCAAUUCGGUUACGGAGGGCCUCCUCCUCCUCCCAACCAGUUCCAAGGCCAGCCUCGCUUCCAGGGCCCCGGCGGUCCACAUGGCUUUCCAGGCAGCCCAGGUGCUGUCCCUGGUUACGGCUAUGGACCACCUCCACCCCCAGGAUACGGAAUGGGCUUCAACGGUCCUCCGCCACCAGGCCACGGCUUUCCGCAUCAUUUCCCACCAGGACAAGGACCACCGCAUCAGCAGUAUCCUGGUCCGCCAGGCCCGCCCAUGAACCAACAGCGGCCGCCCCAGCAUAUGCAAAAUCAGCAACAACAGCAGCAACCGCCGGCCGGUAGCAGGCAAGGAACUCCGCAAGCCCAGCAAAACCAAGCUCCACGGCCACCCCAGGCCCCACUCCAGCCUGGCCCAAAACCCGUCGAGAUGUCGGCCACGCCGGGUCCAACUGCUGAUUCGCCAGCUGGUCCGCCUCCACCCGUCGAGUCGAAGCCAUCUGUCGCGUCGGCCACUGCACCGUCUGCCGCACCGGCGCCGUCCAGACAGCCUCAGCAACCACCGCAAGCUAACAAGACAGCGCAACGAGCACCUAACAACCGCGUGGCGGUCCCUCUUCAGCCUCAACAGCGCGCUGCACCACCAGCACAGCCUGCUCCGGCCGAACCACGAUCAUUCCAAGACGCGACACAGGCUGCGACCGCUGCUGUUGCAGCCGCAAUGGCCAAGCUUGGUCCGGGCAAAGCGCAACAGCAGACCGACGGUGCCACCGACAACCUCGCGCAGCAGGUCAAUCAGAUGCGCAUCCAGGACCAGCAACAGCGUGGCGGCCGCGGGAACCGCUCACGCGGCAGUGGCGCUCCGAGGGGCGGGAACAGGUCCAGAGCUGUCGAGGUGCCCAAGGAAGACUACGACUUUGAGACGGCGAACGCCAAGUUCAACAAGCAGGAACUUGUGAAGGAGGCGAUUGCUACUGGUUCUCCCGGCCAGCUUGGCAGUCCGAACGGCGACGGCGCUGCAGAUCCCAUGGCUGCGGCUGGCGCGAACGGGCACACUGGUGAGGCAGAGAAGGAAGACGCAGAGGUCGUCAUCCCGCCGGCCGAGAAGAGCUACGACAAGAAGAGCUCUUUCUUCGACAACAUUUCUUCGGACCUCAAGGAUCGUGUGGAGAUGUCGCAGCAGGCGCAGGAUGGCACUAGCGGUGGCUUCGAUGGACGUGCGAUGCGGACUCAGGAGAGGUCCAAGAAUUUUGAGACAUUUGGGCAAAGCAAUGUCGACGGCGGUGGGUAUCGAGGCGGUUACAGGGGUAGAGGACGGGGUUACGGGUACCGUGGUGACCGGGGAAGGGGAGGAUAUCGAGGACGUGGCGGAUAUGAGUCGAGAGGCGGGAGUGGGUAUCGCGGCAGAGGGAAUUUGGGAGAUGGGGCUGCGAUCGCUUCUUAG